UUUACGAUUCUGAAGGGGCAUUUCACAUAUGCACAUGAUUCGGCACAUCCUCUCUUCAUUUCAUGACGGCCAUACAAUCUGUGCACAUUAGUGGUCAUCAGGAACGUUUGGAGCCCAAGACCCACACUGUGUACCAGAUAGACAUCCGAGGCAACGUUCGCUCAUGGUCCAUCUGGCGACGAUACUCGGAAUUCGAUGAUCUCCAUGUUGAGUUGGUGAAAGGUACCGGUUCACCGCCUCCAGUUCCACUACCACCGAAACACAAGUACUCUAUCUUACGAUCUCAUAACAAUCCAUCCUUACUGGAAGAGCGAAAGACGGGACUAGAGGCAUACUUGCGUGCGAUUAUUGGUGCGAAGGAGGACAAGUGGAGAGAGGCCUUUGUUUUCAAGGAGUUCUUGGGUAUUCCUGUAGGACGACAAGGCGGUGUCGUCGGAGGACCCCCGACGCAGUUCACGCUGACGUCUUGGCUCGAUGAACAUCAAGAACUGCAGAAUCGGCUACGAGAUGUCAGAGCAGACAUCAACAAACGUGAAGCACUGUCUAACCAAGGCGACGUCAGCGCCUCUCACAAGUCUAAUGUCAGUGCCAAACAGAAACUGGCCGGCGUUUUGUCCAGGAUUGGAACAUUAGGCAAGGGUUUACACGAUUUGGCGAUGAACGGUAUGAGUGAAGGAGAAUUGCAGAGACGGACGGACAUGGUUGCUCGACUGCAGGAUGACUGCGAGAAGCUUGGCAAGAUGGUUACUGUCGCUCGGCAGUUCAACCGUUCUGGCACAGAUCCUACUGCACCCUACUCUCCUGCCUCCAUGAAUCCUGCAUCAGCUUCAGACCGAGAGGCCCUGUUAGGUCCCACAAACACGUUCACUCGUGUGACUCGGGUAUUUGGCCAACCAUCGAAGCCUCAGGAGACCGAAGUUACUAGACCAUUAGACGAUCUUGGCCUGUUUGGGCUACAGAAGACUCAAAUGCAACAACAGGAUGACCAGCUUUCUCAACUCACGACCAUUCUCAGUCGACAGAAACAAUUAGGGCAUGCAAUCAAUUCAGAAAUCAAUGAACAGAUAGCUGUACUGGAUGGUCUCGCAAACGAUGUGGAUAAUGUCGGAGAUAAGCUUUCAAAAGCAUCUAGACAAAUGCAUCGUUUGGGAUGAGAUGAGGAUCCAUUACGCAUUGAAUGACUUUUAAUACAGACAUUAGGACAUUCUCUGUGAGAUAUACUUGAAUUGUGUACAAAUGAGUGGUGUAGCGUAGUGUAAGUACUGUCAUCUAGAUGUGUGAUUUCAUCAAUGGUCGGAGAGCAGCCGUCCGACUCCCUUCAAAAAAAAGUCAGCAACGAAUGGAUCUCGGAACGAUUAAUC